AUGUGGUCCACAAACGAACUCAAGAAAAGAUUCUUCGCAUACUUUGAGAAGAGAGGACACAAGGUCCUGCCGUCAUCAUCGGUAGUCCCCAAGAACGAUCCAACACUUCUGUUUACUAACAGCGGAAUGGUUCAGUUCAAAAGCUAUUUUCUAGGAGAGAAAAGUCCGUACAAAAGAGUGGUAACAUCGCAGAGAUGCAUCCGAGCUGGUGGAAAGCACAACGACCUUGAUGAUGUGGGAAAAGACAACUACCAUCACACAUUCUUUGAGAUGCUUGGAAACUGGUCAUUUGGCGACUAUUUCAAAGAGGAAGCAAUUGAGUUUGCGUAUGAUUUUCUGGUCAACGACCUAAAGCUUGACAAGAACAACAUAUAUGUUACUAUCUACGAGGAGAUGGAUACAGAGUCCAAAAGGAUUUGGAGCAAAUAUGUCGAUCCCUCAAGGAUCAUCUCCGCAUCUUUUAAGGACAACUUUUGGGAGAUGGGCGAGUAUGGGCCAUGUGGCCCCUGCACCGAAAUCCACUACGACAGAGUAGGAAAUAGAGAUGCAUCGCACCUGGUGAAUAAGGACGAUCCUGAAGUUGUAGAGUUCUGGAAUAUUGUCUUCAUGGAAUAUGAAAGGACACCAAAGGGUCUUGAGCCACUGAAGAUCAAGCACAUUGACACUGGAAUUGGCUUGGAAAGAUUAUUAAGCAUAUUGAUGGGUGUCAAAUCGAAUUACAUGAUUGACACCUUCCAAAAUAUAAUAAAAUUUGUCGAGACCAAGUGUGGGUUCAAAUACGAGGAUAAGAACAGUCUCCAGGACGUUGCAUUCAGAGUUCUUGCAGAUCACUCCCGGACGAUUGCUGUAUGCUUGAACGACAAUGUCUCGUUUUCCAGCGAGGGUGUGGGAUACGUUCUCAGAAGAAUCCUUAGACGGGCAGUAAGACAUGCCCACGAUACUCUAAAGCUUGAAAAGGGGGUUCUUUCACAGUGUGUUGCAAAAGCAGCCGAGUGCAUGGGCCUCGAGAUUGAUGCCUCUGUUGUUGACGAUGAAGAAGCUUUAUUCCUUAAGACGCUUGUAAAGGGAUUGAAUCAGCUGAUGAAGAUGUACGAAUCAAAAGGCAGACUUGACGGGCCAGACAUUUUUGUUUUGUACGACACAUAUGGAUUUCCCGUUGAUCUAACUGAGUUGAUUGUGAAGGAAAAGCAGAUACCAUUUUCAAUGGAGGGAUUUAAUGAAUGUGUCAACAAAGCAAAGGAAACAAGCAGCAAGUCAAACAAGAAGCUAGUUACUGUGAACUUUGAUUUCCAAAAGACCGAUGACUCAUUCAAAUAUACUACCAAUGGUAUUACUGCAGAACUAAAGGCAGCCAUACUGGACAACGAAAGUGUGUCUGUUCUGCCCGAAGGAGCACUGGCUAUUCUUGUUUUUGAUCGAACAUGUUUCUAUGGAGAAUCAGGAGGACAGGUUGGCGAUGCUGGAACUGUUGAGUUUUUUGACGAAAGCAGCCGCAAAAUUGGUGUCUUUGAUGUGCAGGAUACUCAGAUCCAGAGAGGCUAUGUGCUGCAUAUUGGCCAGCUCAGAGGCACGGCCUCGUCUAGCGCAAAGCUCACAUACAACGAAAGUAUAAGAUCAGCCACGCGCGCAAACCACUCCUCAGUUCAUAUUUUGAACUAUUUCCUUCGUACCUUUAUGAAAACCGAGCAGCAGGGCUCUUUGGUUGAUUCGGAAAGAGCACGCUUUGAUUUUGAAAGCAAAAAACUGAGUGAUAGUACCUUGGACAGCUUGGAAGAGAAAAUCAACCAGUUUAUUACGUCAAAUGCGACCGUUACUGUCACUGCCCACCCAAAAGACGAAGUACUAUCUAACCAGGGCAUUAUUAAAAUGGCUGAUGAGGACUAUCCCGAAACCGUUAGAGUUGUCACCAUGUGCAAUGGACCAGUAACAAUCAAGGAGGUGUGCGGUGGCACCCAUGUCUCGAACACUUCGGAGAUUAAGUGUGUUAGGCUGCUUUCCGAGUCUGGAAUCAAGGCCAAUACACGAAGGAUCAUGCUAGUUUCUGGAAAAAAGGCCCUGGAAGUUGAUGAAAAUGCUGAAUCGUUGAGAAAAAGGCUAAUGGCUGGUGAGAUAGUGAAAAUUGAUUGCCAACUGUCUAUUUCACAGAAAAGAGAAAUUGAAGGGAUGAAUAAGGAUAACCUGAAAAGAAUGCAGAAAGAACUUGAGAGCAGCAUAUCAUCACUCAAAAAGGAAAUCGAAACAGGUCUCCUCAAUUUCAGGGUUUCUUCAAUGGGGUAUCCAGAUGUUUUUAGCUAUGAAUGUGCUGAGCUGUCCAAGUUUUCAAGAAAAGAGAUAGUCAAGUCUCUUGGCUCAUUGAUUGGGUCUAUCGACGUAGCUUGUGUUUUGUUUGCGGAAAAAGAUGGCGAGGUCCAAUUUGUUGCACGUGCUUCCGAGCCAGAAAACCUGUGCUCGAAGAUUGAAUCUGAGUUUUUAUCAAGCACAGUACGGAUUGUCAAAGACCAGCUGCAUGGAUCAAUACCUAAGAACUGCUUUUCAAGCGAGAGGCUUCUUCAGGCAUUUCAAUAA